AUGGAAACCAACGGACUUGUCGAUAUUGUCCAUGAGAUCCAGGGCGAACUCUGGGUCGAUAAGAUCAACGAGACCCAUAGAUUGGGCCGUCUCUGCCCGUGGGUGUCGACUUUCCACCCUAACAAGCUUCCUUGUCGACUCGAAGGUACCUUUCACCAUGGCUCAUUUAAUGCUGGUAUGAAGAUGGUCUUUAGCGAUAGUACUGCUUGGAUGGUUCGAUUCCCUCGUGUGGGCAAUGUUUGUGACGACUACAGCGACGAGAAGGUGGCUAUAGAGGUGACGACCCUAAAUCUUAUCUACAACAAGACUACGAUUCCUGUUCCUAAAGUCCAGGCGUGGGGUUCCGCGGCUAGCAACUUGCUUGGUCUAGGUCCAUUCAUUAUAAUGGAUUUCAUUAAUGGUAUAAGCCUCAGCGAACUUCUCCAGGAUCCAAAUGCCGAGCUUACUAGACUCAUGAAGGAGGACAUUAGUGAUAGUGAUAUUGAAAUUAUUUAUAGGCAGAUGGCCAACUAUCUACUUCAGCUCUUUCAGCUCGACUUUGAUCAAAUCGGCAGCCUACCAUCGCCAAAGCCUGGAGCGGCACCAACACUGACACGCCCGCUAACUUUCAAGGCACAUAGCAUCCUGCAAAAUGGAGGAGUUAAUACUUUCGGUGACCGAGGCAAAGGCUUUGCGACAACAACUGAAUAUUUUCAGUAUGUUGUUGGGCAGGACUGGGAGCAGCUUAUUCACCAACCAAACUCGACUUCUGGUUUCUAUGGUGCUCAAAGCAGUUAUGUAGCGUUUCAAGUCCUGAAAGCUAUAACACCUGAUUUAGUCAACGCUCAGUAUGACCAUUGCAAGUUUAAGCUGAUCUGCGAUGAUCUCGGAUUAGCAAAUCUAAUUGUCCGGAGCAAAGAAGACCUUACUAUUGUAGGAGUAGUGGACCUCGAGUGGUCAUAUAUCGGACCUGCUCAACUGUUUGGCUCAGCUCCGUGGUGGCUUCUCCAAGAUAGACCUAUCAACUGCGACUGGGACUGCAAUGAUGACGAGCCGACAGGCCAGCCUAAGGUUGCCGCUCGGUACUUUAAGUGCUUAGAGAUUUUUAUGCGUGUUUUAGAGGAGGAGGAGGCUCGAAUGCCUGGGCACGAAGAUAGACAGCUUUCUACUCUUAUCAAGUGGUCGCAAGCCUCUGGGGCUAUGUGGCUGCAUAUGCUUCUCUCACCCGGCUUUAUCGACCAACAAAGCUUUCCUUUCACGCAGCUACGCCGCCAUUUCGGUGCUACUGAGUGGGCGAAGCGUGAGAAAGAAUUUGAGAAUGUCGAAGAGGUUGAGGCAUUCGCAGCGCUGAAAGUAAGGGAGUUGGACGAGUAUGACGAAGCUUUGGAGAGGAUGAAGGGGAAAAAAGCGCUAGUGGAUAGUGGGAAGAUGACCAAUGAGGAAUUUCUUGAUAACGCGUUGGUGGAGCUUCGCCGUUCUUAUUCAUUGUCGUCUAUGGUUAACGAUGAGAAUAAUAAGGGGCUAUUCGAUAAGGCGGCUGCCUGA